AUGGGAGGGUCUAGCUCAGUACCACUGUCACGUCAUUCGGAACAAAUAAAAACCGAAGUUAACGAGCACCCUGUUGUUGUGUAUACCAAAGAUUAUUGCCCUUAUUGCGUCAGAGCCGAAAAGGAGCUCAAUGAACUUGAUAUUAAAUUUGUGGAAAAGAACUUGAAUGAGAAGGCGAAGGCAGAUCCCGCUAAUGUGGAAGCGUAUGUAAAAGGUUUAAUGGACCUGACUCAUCAGAAAACUGUCCCACAAAUAUUUGUAUGUGGAAGGUUUAUUGGUGGCUAUACCGAAAUGCAUGCCCAAAAGAAAAAUUUGUUGAAAAUGGUUGCUGAAUGUUCAACCGAUGGAGUAGCCGUUGACAAAACGGCUACUGUACGCCCGAAGCUUUAA